AUGCCCGGAAUUUUGCCUAUGAAGGUGAUCAAGGUGGGCACCAGCUCCCAGAGCCGCAUAGCCCAGGCCUGCGACCGGUGUCGAAGCAAGAAAAUUCGCUGCGACGGUAUCCGGCCAACAUGCUCUCAAUGCGCCAACGUCGGCUUCGAGUGCCGCACCAGCGACAAACUUAGCCGUCGCGCGUUUCCCAGAGGCUACACCGAGUCGCUCGAGGAGCGCGUGCGCCAACUCGAGCUUGAAGUCAGGGAAUUGAAAGAUCUGUUGGACGAGAAGGACGAGAAGAUUGACAUGCUUUCACGAAUGCACGGAAAUCACAGCAGCCACCGCAGUCCGUCCGCGGCCGCCGCGUCGGCACAUUCGCCGGCCGGGUCGGCCACGGACGUGAGGGAAAAGUCGGCGUCACCGCCGAAGGAGGAUACUUUCCGCGUCCAGGCGUCGCCGUUGCUUUUAGGCGUCGAGAACUCCGACUCGUACUUCAUGGGCUCGUCCAGCGGCCGUGCCUUCAUCGAGGCCUUCAAGCGCAAGAUGCAAGAAAAUGGGAAAUCGUGCACAGAUUUCAACCCCGAGGCUUUCCUCCACAUUCAAGGAUGCCAUCCUCUGACGCCAAAGUCGCCAGACCAAGCUCUGAGAGUCCCCCCGCGCCUAUUCUCGGAUCGCUGCGUCAACGUCUACUUCCAGGAAUGGGCACCGUUGUUCCCCGUGUUGCACAAGCCAACCUUCCUGCACAUUUACGAGGAGUUUGUGUCAGACCCGGAAAAGGUCAAGAACAACCACAAGAUUGCGCAGCUGUACCUUGUCUUCGGCAUUGCGGCUCUCGGAAGCGACCAGCCUGACUACGACCAGAUCGCUGUCUGCGAGCAACAAUGGCAGCGCGCUGUUGAGGCCGUUCUCAUGGAGAACACCAUGGUGACCCUUCAAUGUCUCGAGUUGGCCCUCUUGUACUGUAUCGUCAGAGCGGAUUACAAGCGCCUGCAGCACUACAAGGGCAUCGCCGUGGGUCUUUCGCACCGCCUCGGUCUGCAUCAGAGCCAGAAGCGCUUCUCAUUUGGCGCCCUCACUAUUGAGACGCGCAAGAAGGUCUUCUGGACCCUCUAUACUCUUGACUGCUUUUCUGGCGCUAUUCUUGGCCUGCCAAAAUUGCUCAAGGAAGACGACAUCCACGCCGAAUACCCAUCAGACACGGACGAUGAAUACGUCACUGAGAAGGGUUUCCAACCAACUUUGCCCGGAGAGUACACUCGCCUGUCCAGCGCGCUCGCUCUGUUCCGCUGCUGCCGCAUCCUGGCGAAGGUUAUGGAGAAGAAUUACCCUGCAGCGACAUCUCAUGAGCUGUCACUGCAGCAAAUGUCCGCCAUGGAGGCCGAGCUUGAUGAAUGGUGCGAGUCGCUGCCCGCACACCUCAAGCUCAAUUUCGUCCAGGACAAGCCUUCAACCGAUGUCACCGGAAGUCGAUCGCCUCUUCUUGCCCUCGCUUACUACUACACCCGCACUCUUAUCUACCGCCCGGCCGUCGGUUCCUCGCUCGGUCACAAGGCUGCGCCUGCGCUCCUGUCCAUCGGCGAGUCAAGCAAGCACAUUGUCCAGAUCGUGCAGCUUCUGGAGGAGCGCAACAUGACCUUCUCGUUCUGCCUCAACAAGACAGACACACUUAUGUUGUGCGGCAUGACCCUGCUCUACCAGAGCUUCGAGUUGAAGCAGGAUAGCAAGAUGAUGAAGGAUGUCGAGCGCCUCGUUAACGGCGUCAUGAAGAUCCUCACGAAAGCCAAGGCACCAGGUUCUUUCGACCUGAAGCGCGUCGCCGGCAUGCUCGUGAGGUUGGAUGAGCCCGUCUCCGCUUCAUCUCAACAAAUUUCCGAGACUUCCAUGCCUGCACCGCAAAGAUCCUCACCUCCCGCGGCAGGGAACAGGAAGAAGUCUCCACAGCAAACCCUUGGCCGCCUCCCCAGCGCGGCCGCUAGUGAGAGUGAUCUCAUCCAGCAACAAGAGAAGAUGCGUCGCAUGACGAUGCCCAGCAUCCACAACCGCCCGGAACUCUACCGCUCUCGCUCGCGACCAUCGUUUGACAACCUGCCCCAGCAACAACAGCACGACGUCUCCGCCGCCCGCCGAGAACAACAUCGGCUUUCGAUGUCGCAGAUUGCCAACCGCGUCAGGAUGAGUGGAAAGCAGAAUCUUGACUAUCUCUCCCUCAGCAGUACGCCCAACGGUUCUUCCCCGCCAUCGCCAACGUCAGCGCGCCUUCAGCAACAUCUAUUGGCAGCGGCUCACCAGACUCUGUAUAACUCGCAACAACCCCCGCAAAAGAUCGCUGGUGUAUCGACGACUGAGUGGGAAGCGUUGCUGGGUUCCAUGGAUGGAGGGCUGAAUAACGUGUACGACGCCAUCUACGGCGGUGGUGCUGGCAUGCCGCCGAUGAGCGAAACAACACCCGCGUCCACGAACCUGGACAGCUGGUCGCCAGACUCUUGGGACCUGGCGAGCUUCAACAUUGGCGAUUUCGGAACCAACCCUGCCCCGCCGCAAAGUGUGCUGAGCGUUAGUGAAGAGAGCUUGAGUUCAGGCGAGGAUCUGGCGAGCGAUCUGAACAUGAGCGUCAGCAGCUUAGAGUACCGCAACGCGCUAUUGGCGUCAUGUUCAGGGAACAAUGACGGACUAUUUGAAGGAUUAGAUGUGAACUAUGGGCUAUGA